AUGCAAAACAUGGCUUCCAUGUCUACCAUCAUUCUCAGAGACCAUAGAUUAGGGGCGUAUGAUGCACUUCUUAAGCCGAGCUUUCGUACUCCCAUUUGGAAGAAGUUUCGUAAUUCCCAUCUGGUGAAAGGCCACUUUUGUCUGUCUGAGAGUGGAAGGAGCUAUGCAAUCCGAAGCGACUUGCGGGGUCCAGUUGUUGCUAUUUUAGAAUUUUCCUUAAACCUUCAAGGGUCUAGAAGAAGGAACUCUCAAAUAUUGUGCAAGGCUACUGCAGACAUAUCUGGAGAUAUUCCUGAAAGUACUGGUGAGCUGAGCCAGUAUGAGAAAGUGGUCGAAACCUUAACAACACUUUUUCCUGUGUGGGUCAUCUUGGGGGCUAUCAUCGGCAUUUGCAAGCCAACUGCUGUGACUUGGUUGGAGAAAGAUUUUUUCACUCUUGGCUUGGGUUUCCUCAUGCUCUCUAUGGGCUUGACAUUGACAUUUGAGGAUUUCAGACGGUGCCUGCGAAAUCCUUGGACUGUGGGUGUAGGAUUUCUUGCACAAUAUUUAAUUAAGCCCAUGCUAGGCUUUGCCAUUGUAAUGACUCUAAAACUUUCAGCUCCUCUAGCAACUGGUCUUAUUCUGGUCUCAUGUUGUCCUGGAGGUCAGGCAUCAAAUGUUGCAACAUUCAUAUCCAAGGGAAAUGUUGCACUCUCCGUUCUUAUGACAACGUGUUCAACUAUUGGAGCUAUCAUAAUGAUGCCACUUCUUACAAAGCUUCUUGCUGGUCAACUCGUUCCAGUUGAUGCUGUUGGCCUGGCAGUGAGUACCUUUCAGGUUGUUUUACUCCCAACGGUUGUGGGAGUUUUGGCAAAUGAGUUUUUUCCCAAAUUGACCUCAAAGAUAGUCACUGUGAGUCCUUUAAUUGGAGUCAUUUUGACCACUCUCCUCUGUGCAAGCCCAAUUGGGUUAGUUUCUGAUGUAUUAAAAGCUCAGGGAGCACAAUUAAUAUUGCCAGUUGUUUUCCUACAUGCUGCUGCAUUUACUCUUGGCUAUUGGAUUUCAAGAAUAUCAUUUGGCGAAUCCACAUCACGCACUAUUUCUAUUGAGUGUGGAAUGCAGAGCUCUGCACUAGGGUUUUUGCUUGCUCAGAAGCACUUUAAGAACCCCCUUGUGGCUGUUCCUUCUGCUGUCAGUGUUGUCUGCAUGGCGCUUGGUGGGAGUGCUCUUGCUGUGUUUUGGAGAAACAGACCAAUUCCCCUUGAUGACAAAGAUGACUUCAAGGACUGA